UUUCUCCUCCUUUUCUUUGGCUGGGAACAAGAAUGGUCACUGUGUCAACUUGCAAAAACAGGAGAAAAGCAUAAAGUUUAGAGUUUCACACUCUCACUUGAUAAUGGCUCAUUAUGUCGAAAUAUCUAUGUCGACGGACGUUGAUUACUCUAUAUAAUCUCCUUUUUUACAUUUUUCUCAGCCUGUAAAUGUACCCACUGCAUGAAUUUCGAUUGUAAGUAAUCAAAGCCUUACCCAUUAUCCAAUAAUAAGAAGAAAAAAAAGUAAUCGAAUUCCACCAAAAAGUUCGCAACUUUUCCAAACCUUCAAGCAUACCCACGAUUCAAUUUAAAAUGUUUUAGUUGUUGUUAUUGAAGACCCACUCGUUCUUUCCUUUUCCUUUUUUUAUAGCCCUCUUGCUUGUUCCUCAUGCUUUUCUUUCAGCUAGAUUUUUUUCUCUGCCUGACGAAUCUUCUUUUAUAAAAGGAUGAUUUUGGUUUGGGUUUUGGCAUCUCUGCCACUAAUUCCUUGCCAAGCGUCGUCUUCUAUACGUUUGAGGAACUGAUUAUCCCAAAGCAAUGUUUUGGGUUUUGGUUCUGUUGAGCUUUAUUGUUCUUAGUGGUGACGGGCUAAUUUCAGAGGGAGCUUCAAAGCCUCAUGUUGUUAAUGUUGGAGCAAUCUUCAGUUUAAGCACUGUAUACGGUAAUGUUGCAAAUAUUGCCAUGAAAGCUGCGGAGGAUGAUGUAAAUUCCGAUCCUAGCUUCCUCGGUGGAUCGAAAUUGCGUAUAUUGAUGUAUGAUGCUAAGCGUAACGGUUUCCUCAGCAUCAUGGGAGCAUUGCAAUUCAUGGAGACUGAUGCUGUGGCCAUAAUUGGUCCUCAAACAUCAAUCAUGGCUCAUGUACUGUCUCAUCUUGCAAAUGAGCUUAACGUACCUAUGUUGUCAUUCACGGCUCUAGACCCUAGCCUCUCGGCGCUCCAGUUCCCUUUCUUUGUUCAGACAGCACCUAGCGAUCUCUUUCUGAUGCGUGCCAUUGCGGAAAUGAUAACUUAUUACGGUUGGUCAGAUGUGAUUGCACUGUACAACGACGAUGACAACAGUAGAAACGGUGUAACAUCUUUAGGCGAUGAGCUCGAAGGAAGGCGCUGCAAGAUUUCUUACAAGGCGGUGCUUCCUUUGGAUGUGGUGAUUACGAGUCCUCGUGAGAUCAUAGAUGAGUUGGUUAAGAUUCAAGGGAUGGAAUCUCGGGUGAUCAUUGUGAACACAUUCCCUAAAACAGGUAGGAUGAUCUUUGAGGAGGCCUGGAAGCUUGGCAUGAUGGAUAAUGGUUAUGUCUGGAUAGCUACAACUUGGUUGAGUUCUCUGUUAGAUUCAUUUACCCCUUUAGCUCUCAAGAAAGCCAAAUCUAUUAGAGGAGUGCUCACUCUUCGUCUUCACACUCCAGAAUCAAGGAAGAAAAGAGAUUUUGUGGCACGGUGGAACAAGUUAAGUAAUGGAACUGUCGGGUUAAACGUGUAUGGACUCUAUGCAUAUGAUACUGUCUGGAUCAUUGCUCGAGCUGUUAAGAAUCUUCUAGAUAGCGGAGCUAACAUUUCCUUCUCCAGCGACUCAAAGUUGAACAGCUUGCAGGGAGGGUCACUGAAUCUAAGUGCAUUGAGCAUAUUUGAUCAAGGAUCAAAAUUUCUUGAUUACAUUGUAAAAACAAAGAUGUCUGGUGUUACAGGUCCAGUACAGUUUCUCCCCGACAGAUCGAUGAAUCAGCCUGCAUAUGACAUUAUAAACGUGGUCAAUGACGGGUUUAACCAGAUAGGGUACUGGUCUAAUCAUUCUGGGCUCUCUAUUACACCUCCUGAGUCACUGUACAGCAAACCUUCAAACCGUUCGAGCUCAAACCAACAUCUGAGCAAUGUGACUUGGCCUGGUGGGGCUUCUGUGACGCCACGGGGAUGGGUUUUUCCUAACAACGGGAGGAGAUUGAGAAUCGGUGUACCCAAUAGAGCAAGCUUCAAGGACUUUGUGUCAAGUGUCAAUGGAAGCAACAGAGUGCAAGGCUAUAGCAUUGACGUCUUUGAAGCUGCGAUUAAACUGCUUUCUUAUCCGGUUCCUCAUGAGUUCAUCCUAUUUGGAGACGGCCUCAAGAACCCAAACUUCAAUGAACUUGUCAAUAAUGUCACUACAGGGGUGUUUGAUGCUGUGGUAGGAGACAUAGCGAUUGUUACAAAGCGAACAAGGAUUGUGGAUUUCACUCAGCCAUACAUAGAAUCGGGGCUUGUCGUGGUUGCUCCUGUCACAAAGCUAAAUGAUACUCCUUGGGCGUUCUUACGCCCUUUUACUCCUCCAAUGUGGGCUGUUACAGCAUCUUUUUUCCUCAUCGUUGGAUCAGUAAUAUGGAUUCUUGAGCAUAGAAUCAACGAUGAGUUCCGCGGACCUCCAAGGAGGCAAAUUGUUACAAUACUCUGGUUCAGCUUCUCGACGAUGUUUUUCUCCCACAGAGAGAAUACAGUGAGCACACUCGGUCGUGUUGUGUUGCUGAUCUGGCUUUUUGUGGUACUGAUCAUCACGUCAAGCUACACAGCGAGUCUUACUUCGAUUCUUACAGUGCAACAGCUAAACUCACCGAUCAAAGGAGUAGACACACUCAUCAGCAGCAGUGAACGUGUUGGGUUUCAGGUAGGUUCUUAUGCUGAAAACUACAUGAUUGAUGAGCUUAACAUCGCCAGAUCCAGACUUGUGCCACUCGGCUCUCCUAAAGAAUACGCUACAGCUCUUGAAAACGGAACUGUCUCUGCAAUUGUCGAUGAACGCCCUUACGUUGAUCUCUUCCUCUCGGAAUUCUGUGGAUUUGCCAUUAGAGGCCAAGAGUUCACCAGAAGCGGCUGGGGAUUUGCAUUCCCGAGAGACUCUCCGUUAGCAGUUGACAUGUCAACCGCGAUCUUAGGUCUAUCAGAAACAGGGCAGCUUCAAAAGAUACAUGACAAGUGGCUCUCGAAAUCCAACUGCAGUAACCUGAACGGUUCAGAGUCAGAUGAUGAUCAAGAACAGCUUAAACUCCGUAGCUUCUGGGGGCUAUUCCUCGUGUGUGGGAUCGCUUGUUUCAUCGCUCUCUUGAUCUACUUCGUCAAGAUAGUCCGCGACUUUUGCAACAACCACAAGCCUGAGGAAGAAGCUAUAGUAGUAUCUUCACCAGAAGGGUCGCGUUCAAGAACAUUGCAGACAUUUCUAGCUUAUUUUGAUGAAAAAGAAGACGAAUCCAAGAGAAGGUUGAAGCGUAAACGGAACGAUGAUCUUUCUUUAAACCCUUCUAGACCAGUGUGACAGAUCACAUCAUCACUCAAGCCAUCUUCUUCAGUGGUGAAGAAAAGCAGACAUAUACCUCGUAAGUAUAAUAUAGUAAGGAAAGGAGAUUUUGAUUUAAACUAUUCUUCAAGAAAUAAGCCUUGAGGCUUCAAGUAUACCGAACAUUUUUAACACAAACAAAAAAAAAUGAAGCAUACAUAAACAACUUGUAAAACAAAGCUCAAGCUGUAUAAUAAUCGGAUCUUUAAGAAGA